UCAGAGCCUCAGAGCAGCAGGAGUUGAGAAAGGAUAUCUGUAUUCACUGACACCUACUGAUGAAAUUAGUAGAUUAGUGUCCAGUUCAGAUGGAUCAAGGUGAACCUUUUGAUGUCAACAUCCCUGAAGAUGAAAUUCAGCUUGACGAUUUCAAUGAGUUUUUAUAUUGAUUUGGUUCGAAGAUCUCUCAGUGAACUUACUCGGUAUUCCCUGACUCCUGGUCCUGAACACAAUCCAUUGCUCUCCAUGUUGGCCUGGAAUGCAGAUUACUGGUCCAUCACUUUUAAUGCAUCGGGUGAGUUCUUGGAAAUUGCGUUUUAUCCAGUGUAUUUUAAUGGCCCAUCUGCAGAACGUGUGGAGACAUCUACGAGUGAGUCCAGCUCAGAUGAUGAACAGCCUGGACCAUCUCACCAGGUCAACAACAGAUCUGAAAUCAGAACUGGAGGAUCAUCUAUGAAUAGGUCCAGCACUGAUGAUGAACAGCCUGGACCUUCUCACCGGGUCAACAACAGAUCUGAGAUCGGAUCCAAAACACCUGCUGACCAAUCCUCAGGCAGUCAAACUGAGAUAACAGAGGGUGUUAAAAGAAAAAGAAAGACUUCUGGAAGGUCAAAGAGCAGAGAACAGAAAAAUAAUAGAUCAAACCACCACUCUGAUUCUGAUUCUUCAAGUGAUUCCCUCAGUGCAAUGUUUUCUCCUCCAUCUCUUGGAGAAACAUCCAGAGAUGAUGACCAGCCUGGACCUUCUCACAGAGACAACAGUGAGGCCAGAGCAUCUGCUGACCAGAGCAGCCGAGAUGAGUUGAGAAGGGGAGGGAAAAGAAAGACAUCUGAGCACCCAGACGCUCAGAGCAAAAGGAGGAGAUCUGAUCACUAGUCUGAUUCAAGUGAUUCCCUCAUCUCUGGCUUUUAUUCUGCGGCACUUGCAAAGAGACCUUUGAUUGAUCAUCUGUUGACCAGAGCAACCAAGAUGAGUUGACAUGGAGGAAAAAGAAAAAGAACAAUAAAGGGCUUUUCACACUUA